CUCGAUCUGCUCUCCUUCUCUUGCUUUCUACUCCUGUAGCUUUACCUCCAGCAGAUAAUGGCCAACUGUGGACCAGCCUGUACCGUCCCCUCCUGCGCUUCCAGCCCUGUUGUUGGCUUUGGGUCAGCAGGCUCCAGUGGUCUUGGAUACGGCGGUCUCGGCUACGGCUAUGGAGGUCUUGGCUAUGGAGGUCUGGGCUAUGGCUACGGAGCCGUCGAAAAUUCUGGCAAUCUGGGCACCCUGGCCGGAGUCUACCCUUCUUGCAUCAACCAGCUCCCCCCAGCAGAGGUCGUGGUCCAGCCUCCCGCCUCCGUGGUGACCAUCCCAGGAGCCAUCCUGUCCGCUAGCUGCGAGCCCGUCUCCGUGGGAGGCAUCACUCCCUGUGCCAUUGGGGGUUCCGGGAUUGUAGGAGCCGGUCUCUAUGGCAGCCUGGGUUCUGGCUUCGGUAAUGGAGCCCUUGGAAGGGGGGGUGGAUAUUUUAGAAGAGGGGCUCUCCUGGGGCACCGUGGGAGCGUCUGUGGGAACAUCUGCGUAUAAACCUCUUAAUGCUGAAAAGAAGAUCCCCAUGAAAGCAGAAAUGACCAGGAACGGACAGCCACCAUCGAGUUUUGUGACGGAGCAUCUAUACCCGGAGUGAGAAGAGCUGUGAGGCUCCGGGACCAUCAUCCCAGCCUCCAGCUCCUCUAAUAACGUCCGCUACCACUUUCUUGCCCCCCUUUCCGCUUUGUUUCCUGAAUGUCUCCUUUCCAAGAUGGAGCCCCACUCUCUUCUUGAGCUUGCCUGUAUCAUUUUCACAACCUUCAUCUCCUACAAUUGUUCCCUCCACUCCUUUUCAAUAAAAUCCA